UCAAACACAUCAUUAUAAUAUUGGCAACUGAGAAGACGACAGUGUCAGAUAAAUUAUCAAUAAAGUGGCCUUCAAAAUGAUUUAUCAAUUCGGUAUUCUCCUUUUAAUCGGAUCCAUAUCCAUGACUGUCGCAUUACCUCCUUGCGUGUGCGCACGAGACAAGAAGCCGGUGUGCGGCUCCAAUGGACAGACUUACAGUAACGAAUGCAUGUUAAACUGCGCACGCGCAUCGAACCCUAGCAUCAUCCUGCAGACAGUCGGCAGAUGCAAGCGAGAAGCACCCAGUUGCUUCUGCACCUUCGAGAACAAUCCGAUAUGCGCAUCGAAUGGAGAAACAUACGCGAACGAAUGCGAGUUCCAAUGCCAACGAACAGCUGAUCCAACUCUUCGUGUGCAUUACCAUGGCGAAUGUAGACAGAAGAGGCAAAUUAAAGUCGCAAGCAUAUCCCCUUGCACUUGUCCCAGAGAUUCUAAAUUCGUGUGCGGCAGUGACGGCGCUACGUAUAGCAAUGCUUGUGUACUGGAAUGCUCUACCCAGGCCAAUCCCAGCUUAUACAUGGUGCACGUCGGGCCUUGUGAUAAUAGAGUCAACGUGGUAGAAAACGCGAACAAUCUUCCUUCGUGUAGUUGUGCUAGGAAUUAUUUCCCGGUUUGCGGUACGGAUGGUAACACCUACAAUAAUAUGUGUCUAUUGCAGUGCUCGGGUACUGACGUUCAGAGCUUUGGGCCCUGUUAAAAUAUUUGCAUACAAUUGUUUAUAAAACGGGAAGUCCCUGAUUGUAGUAAGGCAUGUAUGAAAACAAUAUUACUAUCUAUGUUUAUUCAUAGUGAAUGAUUGACAUGGCAAUUGUUGUCAUAUAUUUGUUGCAACAGUUGAAAUUCCCCUUAAUUGUGAUCUAUUUUUU